CGGGUAUUCCCCUAGUCAGGCAUCGGGAGUCUCAGGUUCUCCUUCCUCUGGUCGGGGCGCGCGCGGGGUCCCCCGGGGACCCCCACCGCAGCCGCGUGCUCCUUUGUGCGACCGAUCCGCGCGCGGGCGGUGCUGCGUCAAGGCGGAGGCGCAUCGGCGCGGCCCCACGCGCACUCCCGCGCGCGGCCCCCGGGAACGGCAGGAAGGAGGCGGCGCGCGGAGGCGGGAGGCACAGAACCCAAUCGCUGAUCCCCCGGCCGCGGCGCCGCCUCCCCCAUUGCUGUGCGCGGGAGCGGGCGACGCGGAGCCUCGGAACGCGCUUGGAGCCCAGAUCUGCCGGAGCCAGGCGUCGGGUGAGUGCAGGUGGCGAGCGGGGCGGGCAGCGGAGAAUAUCUCAAGCAGAGGGCCGCGGGAAACCCGCAGGAGGCCAGCGCCACCAGACAGGGGACGCGUCCAGAAAGGCUGGGCACGGGUGGCGUUCCCUCACUCGGUCGUAAUGCGCCUUGCGGGAUGGGAGUCUUUCUAUGUCAGUCAAUACAAAGCCUGAGACUCUGUUCUGGCUGCGAUCGCCGCGUCCCUGCCACCUCUCUGGGGAGAUCAGUCGGGGAAGGCGGCCGCGGGGACAGCGGGCCGCAGCCUCGUGUUUUUCGCAACCAUGGUGAAGUUGGGGAACAAUUUCGCAGAGAAGGGCACCAAGCAGCCACUGCUGGAGGAUGGCUUCGACACCAUUCCUCUGAUGACGCCCCUCGAUGUCAACCAGCUGCAGUUCCCACCCCCAGAUAAGGUUGUCGUGAAAACUAAGACUGAAUAUGAACCUGACCGCAAGAAAGGAAAAGCCCGUCCUCCCAAGAUAGCCGAGUUCACCGUCAGCAUCACAGAGGGUGUCACCGAGAGGUUUAAGGUCUCCGUGCUGGUCCUCUUUGCCCUGGCCUUCCUCACCUGUGUCGUCUUCCUGGUUGUCUACAAAGUGUACAAGUAUGACCGCGCCUGCCCUGAUGGGUUUGUCUUGAAGAACACCCAGUGCAUCCCAGAAGGCUUGGAGAGCUACUACACGGAGCAAGACUCCAGUGCCCGGGAGAAAUUUUACACUGUCAUAAACCACUACAACCUGGCCAAGCAGAGCAUCACCCGCUCCGUGUCACCAUGGAUGUCAGUUCUGUCAGAAGAGAAGCUGUCGGAACAGGAGACUGAAGCUGCAGAGAAGUCAGCUUAGCGAGCAGGGCAGGUUCCUUACAAUGUGUCACUUGAAGGCAACAAAGGGACUUUGAGGGACAUUUCAUUAAAUAUAAUUACCGAUAAUUUAGAGAUUACUCAUUUACGGUGCAAUUGCUUCUGUUUGCUAAUGCUGCUUUGCAAAUAAAACUUGCUGCGGACCACCCACAGGCAUAAGAACAAGUGCAUCUCAGCAUUGCUUAGAGAGCUUGAUGCCACUGUCGAUGCUGAGGAGUCUUCAUUUAGCUCCUUCACUGGGAUUCACUGGAUACUGUCAAAAGGCAACUUACACUGGCUAUGCCAGGGGUCUGGCCAUCAGAACAGUGCAUUUGGUGGUUUCCUGUUUUCUUUUAUGCCCCUUUGCUAUCUGCAGACCUUACUCCAUAGCCAUAUCUAGAGUGAUCCCGUGCUUUGCUGGUGGCAGUGCUGACUGCCAAGAUGCACUGUUGAGCGGCGCAGAGAAGGGAAGGUGUGCACCACGACGCAGCCCUGCCAGGCAAUUCUGGGUGGUUUUCUUUGGUGUGUCCCCUGAGCAGAGCACAAGGAUGGGGUGGGAGAGGAGCCGGCUCUGGGCCAGGGGGUUGCCGAGCCUGUUUUUCUGUGGGUGGGCUGUCUGCUGGUAAUGUGGUAGAUAGAAAGAAAACCCACUGGCUCUUUUCUUUCCUGUUAUGAAUAUAUUUGCACGUACAGCCCUGAAUGCAGGUGCAGUUUUGGUUUUUUGCUUUAUUAGCCAGUGGGCAAAGUGAAAUGUAAUUUUGGGUAAGUCAGGGCUACUUUAGCUUUUCUUCUGUGAACAGAUGUGACUCCUGUGCUGUGGGAAGGGGGCAGGACGGCUGGUGGGGGGCUGAUGUGGCACCUUGCAAAUAGAAUAUCUAAGUCCACAAUCUUUGUAACAAAAGUAUGUUUAUGUUUCAAUCUGAAUCUUGACAUUAAAGUAUAUGUUUACAAAAUCACCAGUAGGUAAACUAAAUGUGUAAGACAAUUAAAUAGAAAAAGCGAUUCCUGAUUGUUUUCUUCCAUGUUCUCACAAUGUGUUGUGUCUGGUGGGCAUGUCAGAAGUCUCAGCGUUCUUUAGUAGGUCAGAAAUAAAUGGCAAAAUAGUCUGAGACCUUUGUGAACAAGCAUGGUGACCGCCAUCAGCUCCACUAGUGUGUCCUGUGGUGCGUGACAGGGACAAAAUAUUUUAUUGUUGGGGUGUUCUGAAACAAAGACCAUGAGCUUACCCCAGGGGUAGGGUCACACAGUCCAGAGCUUGCAGUGCACUGGGAAGCUGUAAGGAAUGCAUAAAGAGCAAUAAACAGGUGCCAAAACUUGUCUAGAGAGGGAUCUGACUCACAGACCGUGUGCGUGCAGUAGGCAGGCCCACUGUGUUUUCUAGGGUAGCCCCUUUACCCACUGUGAACUCUCCCAAUGUAACUUCUCACAUUCACUCUACGAAUAAAGAGCUCGUGGGUCCCUGAGCUGC